AUGCCACUUGUGUCCAACCGCAUAACAAGCCCUUCCUCACGACGACACAACUUGCAUAAAGAUAACCAGGUGCAACAAGCGGAAGGUAAUACUUCGUACUUCAGUCAGCACCAAAAGGGCACUUUCGUCUUUUCGCCCUGCGUAUAUAAUGCUCGCCGACCCUUCGCCGUCCUCGCCAUCUUGGACCUGGUUUCCCUGACUCUCAAGCUGCCCUACGGCAGGGGAAUUAAUUAUCUCCAGUCGACGGACAAUCAGCGAGAGAGGUGCCAAGACCACAAACCCCCCACCAUUGGCACUGAAGUCGACACGACAUCCCGGUCAGCAGAAUGGCCCAAGGAGUCCCGCUUCGCGCGCGCCCGGCGCAUCCAUCCCGAGCUCGGCCUGAUGUAG